AUGCCAAAUUUUCAAGAAAAGGUAUUAACGAACAAAUCAGUAUCACAAUUCACAUUAUUAGCCAAGACUAAAAAAGGGGCUAAACCAGAUUUCCACGCAGCUGCCAAAGGUGACCAUGCUCGAACGCUCUACAAUAAAGUGCUGGAAGAGGUUGCCAAGGGCCUGCCUGGAGGCCAAAGUCGGGUCGGUGAUGGUGUCUUCGGAGCCAUGAUGGAUGUCGCAUUAGUAAACGAUGGACCGGUCACGAUACAGCUGGAUUCGAAGGAAACAAAAAGCGGCAACAUCUUACAACCCAGUCCAACUCCACCACAAUAA